UAGGUGCGCGGCUGGGGUGGAGCCCAGCCCCUCUGAGCCGCCGUCGGGCUGUUGGACAGCGAGGUAGAGGUCGCCACAGAGCCAGCGAGCGAGUCGUGCGGGAAGGAGCACGAGGCCAUGGAGCGCGAAGUUCAGAGGGUUCGCCGCGCGUUCGAGUCCGGCCGGUCGCGACCCCUCAGGUUCCGGCUGCAGCAGCUCGAGGCCCUGCGCAGGAUGGUGCUGGAGCGCGAGAAGGACAUCCUGGCGGCCAUCACCGCCGACCUGUGCAAGAGUGAACUCAACGCGUACAGCCAUGAAGUCAUUACCAUUCUUGGGGAAAUAGAUCUCAUGCUGGAGAAGCUUCCUGAGUGGGUUACUGCGAGACCAGCUAAAAAGAACCUGCUCACCUUGCUGGAUGAGGUCUAUGUUCAGCCAGAGCCCCUGGGGGUUGUGCUGAUUAUUGGAGCUUGGAACUACCCGCUUGUUCUCACCAUUCAUCCUCUGAUAGGAGCCAUUGCUGCAGGAAAUGCUGCGAUUAUCAAGCCUUCUGAAGUAAGUGAACAUACAGCCAAGAUCUUGGCGAAGCUCCUCCCUCAGUAUUUAGACCAGGACUUGUAUGUUGUCGUUAAUGGUGGUGUUGAAGAAGCCACGGAACUUCUGAAGCAACGAUUUGACCACAUUUUCUACACGGGAAGCACUGCAGUCGGAAAAAUUGUCAUGGAAGCUGCCGCCAAGCAUUUGACCCCUGUGACUCUUGAACUGGGAGGGAAGAGCCCAUGUUACAUUGAUAGAGACUGUGACCUGGACAUCGCCUGCAGACGUAUAGCCUGGGGGAAGUACAUGAACUGCGGUCAAACCUGCAUUGCUCCUGACUACAUUCUCUGUGAACCAUCCCUCCAGAAUCAAAUUGUGCAGAAGAUUAAGGAAAGCGUGAAGGCAUUUUAUGGAGAAAAUAUAAAAGAAUCUCCUGAUUAUGAAAGGAUCAUCAGUCUUCGUCAUUUUAAGAGAAUACUGAGUUUGCUUGAAGGACAACAGAUUGCCUUUGGCGGGGAGACGGAUGAGGCCUCACGCUAUGUGGCCCCAACAGUACUUACUGACGUUGAUCCUGAAACUAAAGUGAUGCAAGAAGAAAUUUUUGGACCAAUUCUUCCAAUAGUGCCUGUGAAGGAUGCAGAUGAAGCUAUAAAAUUCAUAAAUGAACGUGAAAAGCCCCUGGCUCUCUAUGUGUUUUCUCACAACAAUAAGCUCAUCAAACGGAUGAUUGAUGGAACAUCCAGUGGUGGUGUCACAGCCAACGACGUGAUUAUGCACUUCACUCUCAGCUCUUUACCCUUUGGAGGAGUGGGUUCCAGUGGGAUGGGAGUUUAUCAUGGAAAAUACAGUUUUGAUACUUUUUCUCAUCAACGUCCCUGUUUAUUAAAAAGCUUAAAGGGAGAAAGUGCUAACAACCUCAGAUACCCUCCCAACAGCCAGUCAAAGGUAGACUGGGCAAAAUUUUUCCUCUUGAAACAGUUCAACAAAGGGAGACUCAGUCUCCUGCUCCUCACUUUCCUGGGCAUCUUGGUGGCUGUGCUGGUCAAGAAAUACCAAGCUGUGCUGAGGAGAAAGGCCCUGUUGAUUUUUCUGGCAAUUCACAGACGGUUACCCAGUAAACAGUGAUGAGUAACAUUUCAGAACCCAGCUCUGUCUGUUGAGAGUGAGGCUGGAUACUACUGAAGAAUGAUCCUGGUUAACCUCCAGCUUGCCUCUACUGAACUAUUCCUCUUUUAAAUAGUUAAUGAACCAAUCAUUUUUAAAUCCUACCAAAAACAGUAAGAAAAUACAUAGAUGCACCAUAAUCAAGCCUGAAAGCCAUUGCCACUCACCAUUAAUAAGCUUGCCAUUUCAGCCAGAUCCCAGAUUCCCCUUAUGGUGGGGACACUCAGAAAACCUAUUCCAGAUCUUAGAACUUUGGGCUAGGAGAGGAAAAUGUGUCAGGCUAUCCUGAACUCCUCGUGAGAUGUAGAGGAGUCUCAGAGCCUGUUCAGUGACUUCUUCGUUCCAGUUUGUGGGACACAGAACCCCCUGCUCUGCUGCCAGCCAUCUAUGAGGCUUCCCAGAGCUCAGCACUGCCCAGGGCCACCAACAGUCUUCUGCUGUCUAGAAAGGUGAGGCUAGAUCUUCCCAGCCCAGCUUGAGGUUUGAGGCACAAACUGGUGGGGGAGGUCCCUGUCCCAUUGGGCCUUGAGGCUCUUACCUCCAGGAGCUGCCUUCCUGUCCAAUGUGCCGUCUGACCGGUAGUCUUCUUCCUUCUCCUGCAUCUUCUGUCCUGUCUUGUAUUUGGUUUGCAACAGUCUAUUGUGGCUGUGUACAAAUGCUUUUUGUGACUGAUAUCACUCUAAACAUCUCAUAAAUCUUAGGGCUUCCUGGAAGACAGUUGCCAAUUUUGUGCAAGUAUCAUCUGUCAUUUCUUACAGUGUAGGAAUUUCACAAGUUGUUUCUUGUGAAACCUAUCUGGCAUUUUUUAAAUACUGUAAUGAAGUACUUACUCUUUCUCAAAAUCUUUUAAGUUUCUUCUACAGGACAAUGCAAGUAAAUUUCACUUUUUUAAACUUUAGCGAUAUCCCUUUCUGAAUAAACUCAGCCUGCAGAACUGACCAUGGGAAAACCAUUUCCUGUCAGGGGCAAGAGGCCUUGGAUAUUCAGGGGUUUGGAGCUUGAGAGCCUCAGAGCUGAUGGUGGGUCAUUUGGAGAAGCCUGGAGAAGGACUCUAGCCACAGCAGUUGGCAGCACUGAAGGGAAUGUAGGAUGUUUCUGCAGAGUUUUCUGAGCAUGGCUGAGACCCUUGGUCUUGAGCAGAGUGGGAACGUGCUGAAGAAGGACCCAGGGGAUUACAGCCCUGCCAGGGCUCCACCCUCCCCACCCCUGCAUUUGAAAACAGACUCGGCCCACUCAGAAUAGAAUCUGCUUCAUAGAAUGUGCAGUCAACUCUGUCGAGUGGAUUUGCUCCAGUAAGACCAUCUGAAGUAUGUGUUCAUCACAGGAUGAGGUGUUAAGGAUUAAUUAAGCAUUAGGCUAGUUUAGGAAAAAGCUGCUUACACUGUGGCUCUAACUAGCAGAAUAAUCAGUCAUAAAAUACCACAGACAAAAUUGCAAUAUGGAAUUUUCAUUUAGUAUAUUGUACAUUAUAAUUUCUAGUUAAUGGCUUGCUUACUAGUAUAUUCUGCUUCAAAAUAAAUACAUAUGAUAAAAUUGA